CCUGUGGGUUGAGAGGGUUAUGGUGUUUAAAGUAGGAUUUCAAAGGCUCUGUUGUUCCAGUGCUCAGAGGAUGUGGAAGAGUCUAAAUAACAGAUGUGCUAUUCAUCCUGAGCCUGGACCACCAGCAUUCAGCAUUCAGGAGGAGAAGCAUUAUGACAAAGCAUACUUACUGCACCUGCAUCAACACCUGCGUUCUGCUCUGGAUGAAGAGGAAAAAUAGUCCGUUCGCCAGGAAUAAUCUGAUCUGAUGUCCAGGUUUGUUCAGCAUGGGCAGCGCUGACUUCGGCGCGCUGAUGGAGAUCAUAGAGGCGAGAGACGAAUGGCUGGACGAUGAUUUUCCCAGGCCACUUCCUGCGGAGGGUGACAUGGACUCCUCCUGCGCCCUGAACGAGGGGAGAACUUCUCCCCCUAACUCUCUCCUCAUUGGUGGAGCCGGAGGGGGCGGAGCUCACCGGAAGCGUCGCACGCUGGUGGCCCCGGAUAUGAACUUGUCGUUGGACCAGAGCGAAGGGUCUUUGCUCUCCGAUGACUUCCUGGAUACGCCUGAUGAUCUGGAUAUUAACGUGGAUGAUAUUGAGACGCCCGAUGAGACGGACUCGCUGGAGUUCAUAACCAAUGGCAAUGACCUGGAGUGGGAGGGUAAAAAUAUACUGUUCUUCAUGCCUCUGGAGAUAGAUAGAUAG